AUGGCGAAACAAGUGGCUAAAAAGGUUUCCAAGAAGGACUUGAAGGUCAAGAAGCAGGACAAGAAGGAAGAGAAGAAAGUGGCUGAAAAGGCUGCUGAGAGCUCGAGCUCUUCUUCUUCUUGUGAUUCUUCUGAUUCAUCUUCGUCUUCGGACAGCGAUUCUGAAGACUCUUCUUCUUCUUCUUCUUCUUCUUCUUCUUCUUCUUCUUCUUCCAGUGACUCUGAAUCUUCUUCGAGCGAAUCCGAGGAAGAAGAAAAACCAAAGUCCAAGAAAGAGGCCAAGAAAGAGACCAAAAAGGAGGUGAAAAAGGAGUCUAAGAAGGACGUCAAGAAGGCACCAGUUAGCUCGGAAUCCGACAGCGACUCUGGCAGCGAAUCGGACACUGAGUCCAGCGACUCGGACUCGAGCUCCAGCUCCGACUCUGAAAGCGAGACUGAGGAACAGAAGCCAGCUGCCAAGACCCCUGUAAAGGCCGAGGUUGCCGUUGCCAAAACCGAGACCUCCAGCAGCGAAAGUGGCUCGUCGUCUUCGUCGUCUUCUUCUUCUUCUUCCAGCGACUCUGAAUCGAGCUCCUCGUCUUCUAGCGACUCUGAAUCGAGCUCCUCGUCUUCCAGCGACUCAGACUCAGAAUCCGAGACCGAGACUGCUUCCAAGAAGCGUACGGCUGAAGAAUCCUCCUCUUCGUCCUCUAAAGAAUCUUCUGAAGAGGCCCCAGAACCUAAGAAGGCCAAAACCGAAACCACUGGCGAACCUGCCACUAUCUUUGUUGGCAGACUUUCUUGGAGCAUCGACGAUGAAUGGUUGAAAACUGAGUUCGAACACAUCGGCGGUGUGAUUAGCGCCCGUGUUAUCUAUGAAAGAGGUACCGACAGAUCCCGUGGUUACGGUUACGUCGACUUCGAGGACAAGAGCUACGCCGAGAAAGCUGUCAAGGAAAUGCAAGGCAAGGAAAUCGACGGUAGACCUAUCAACUGUGACAUGUCGACCAGCAAGCCUGCCGGCAACCCAAGAGCCGAACGUGCUCAGAAGUACGGUGACACUCCAUCGCAGCCUUCGGACACUUUGUUUUUGGGUAAUUUGUCUUUCAACACCGAAAGAGACAACGUGUUUGAGAUCUUCUCUGAACACGGUGAGGUCGUCUCCGUGCGUCUACCUACCCACCCUGAAACUCAGCAACCAAAGGGUUUCGGUUACGUUCAAUAUUCAUCGGUGGACAGUGCUCAAAAGGCGCUGGACGCUCUACAGGGUCACUACAUUGACAACAGACCUGUGAGACUAGACUUUUCUACUCCAAAGCCUCCUCAAGACAACAACUCCCGUGGUUUCCGCGGCGGUCGUGGUGGUGCUCGUGGCGGUGCUCGUGGUGGUGCUCGUGGCGGAUUCGGUGGCAGACCUUCGGGCUCGGGCUCGAACUCGUCGCCAUUGGGACAAUCCAGACAGUCGGCCGCCUUCCAAGGUAACAAGAAAAAGUUUGACUGA